AUGGAUCGUAGCGCGAGAGAGGUACCCAAUCAAUCCAUGUCAUCACUCACUCCGUCCCUACAAAGUAGUCAGUCUGUGACAAGCAGCAGUACAGGAUCAUGUCCUCUUCCAAUGCCGCCUCCUCUCACCUCCGCAUCUUCAUCCUCAUUGCCCUUUUCUACUUUCUCUGAGGAACCUUUCUCUCUGGCCUUGGCGCGGCUUGCACUUAAGCGGUUGAUAGACUUACAAACAGUCAAUACCCUUCCUUCCUUGUCAUCCUUCCCCCCACCUCCACCACCACCCUUCCCUCUCUUUACGUCCCCGCUCAGUAGUAGUAUUCCUUCCUGGUGCACUCAGUCUCUUCUCAUGAAUCCCUCAAAAAUCCACGAAUUACCACAUCCCUCCCUCCUCCUUUCCGGAGCUUUACCACCAGCCGUCUAUCGAAGAGCCAUGAACCAGAUUCUGAGUUCAUCCCCACCACCGCCACCACCACCGCCACCGCCACCACCCCUGCCUCAGACACAACUACAACCAUCGAAGAAUGUCACGGCACGAUCAAAGGGUGCAUUGCAGAGUGUAGAAUUUAUCGAUCUUCCAACAGCAAUGUCCGUUAAACAAACCUCUACCGGUUCUGAGCGUGGAUCCUCCAUAAUUUUUGAGGGUCAAGGUCGAAUUAAUCAGUUGGGUGGAAUGUUUAUCAAUGGACGUCCACUGCCUUACAAGACGCGUUUAAGGAUUGUUCAGAUGUCAAGAAAUGGUGUACGACCUUGUGAUAUAUCGCGUCAACUAAAGGUGUCGCAUGGUUGUGUGAGCAAGAUUCUUCAACGUUUCCACGAAACCGGAAGUGUAAGUCCGGGUGCAACUGGUGGAGCUCGAAAGAAUCGUGCCCAUAGUGGAACUGUGGGUCGAACUCACUCAGCCUCCUCGUCCUCGUCUCUCUACACUCACAGCCGUCAAUUUCACCAAGAUCGACGAUUUGUUCCCAGCAUUGUUGACAAUCCACCUACCGCAUGGAAUGAACAGUGGACCUUCACUUCACCAUCCCUGUCCUUUCAACAUCCUGAUACUGCUACUCCAAGAGGCCAGCACGAUCUGCUACAUCAUACACAGGUCCAAUCAACCUCGUCUCCACCAAUUCUGCUACAACCGAAGCUCAAGUUCUCUGCCUCCCUAUUGGCCGAUGUUAGGAGUGAGGGGGUUGGCAGUGAUGCAGAAGUUGAGGAGGGAAAACGUGAAAAACGUGAGUGUCCACUGUCCACUUUACCGUCACUGUAA